GGCGUGUUGUCUCAGGAUUUAUAGAUUUUCUUUCUCCUCGGAUUUUUUUUUUGAUCGUAAAUUAUGAUAAGCGAAGUCAAUUUCGAACGAUGAUGAAGAAGAUGAAGAUCGUCAUGGGAAAAAAGUGUCUGCGAAGAUCGAGAAGACUUAGUGGGCCUUCCGCUUUCUCGCAGGAGUGUUGGAGGACACUUGCAGCACAAGGCGCCAACGCCUAAGUAUGAUUGUCCGACUGCCGCACCGCCUCCGCCACUUCCACGCAAGUCAUGCGGAUGAAGAAAACUACAAUGACGUAGUCAACGAGGAAACUACUUCAUCUGUUGAGGAUGUGCAUGCACAUGUUGCAGUAGAAGAUGCUUAUGUCGCAGCUUGUGACAACACGCCAGCUCCGCGUCAGCGGCUUCGUUUCGAGGCCCAUAGCCAAUCUCGAGGAGCCGCUAAGUCACCGAAGCCGAAGCCUAGUCUGGUCUCUCGUUCGGAACAAGAAGGCUCUGGGGAAAACGCCAAGAGAAAGAAGAAGAGUCCUUCGAGAAGAUAAAAUUCUCCGUAUAUUUUGUAUCGAAUCUUCGAUGAUGCUCAAGAACAACAAGAACAAGAUGAAAGAUUAUAAAUUGAUCGCAUCCGAAUUCGAAGAUUAAAAUAAUUUCUGUAAACUUCGACCCUACUUAUAUUUAUACUUGGCAAUUUUGUAGACAAUUAUAGAUCAACCACCGUCCAGCAUUCUUGUACAAUUUUAUACUCGUGGUCAGCGUCAUCGUCAACAGAAGUACGAAUAUAUCUAUGCCGCGUGGUACACAUACACUGACAUUCUUCUUUAAGUUUUUUGAAAAGAACUGUAACAGUGAUUUACUUAUUCGUAGGCAAGUUUUGAUGAUGUAUUUCAACAGACCAAAUUAUCAUUAAUUAUUAUACCAGGUCAAGGACAACACCGCCAGCAAGAGAUUCCCUGAAAUUUUUUCGCUGACAGUCCUAGUACCAAUUGUAGUAAAGUGAUACAACAUUGCUUGCUUACUAAAGCCACCUGUGUCC